CCAGCCACGCCGACAAAACCCUAAACCAAAACCCUCGCCGGAGAACCAGCUUCUUCGGCCUUGAUCCGGGCAAGGCGCGGCGAAGAAGGAGGAGUAGAGACCGGAGCAGCGGCGAUGCAUUCCUUCGGGUACCGGGCCAACGCCGUGGUGACCUUCGCGGUGACCAUUCUGGCGGUGAUGUGCUCUAUCGCCUCGCUUUCCGAUAACUUCAAUGCUUCCUCCCCUACCGCUGAAAUCAAGGUCUUGAAUAUAAAUUGGUUUCAAAAGCAACCAAAUGGCAAUGACGAGGUUAGCCUGACAAUGAAUAUAUCAGCAGACCUUCAAUCAAUGUUCACUUGGAACACGAAACAGGUUUUUGUCUUUGUGGCUGCUGAGUAUGAGACACCUCAAAAUGCUCUAAAUCAGGUUUCACUUUGGGAUGGGAUCUUACCCUCAAAAGAGAAUGCAAAAUUUUGGAUCCAUACAACAAACAAAUAUCGUUUUGUUGAUCAGGGAAGCAACCUCCGAGGAAAAGACUUCAACUUGACACUGCACUGGCACGUCAUGCCUAAGACCGGUAAGAUGUUUGCUGACAAAAUUGUGAUGACAGGAUAUCGUCUGCCUGAUUCAUACAGAUGAAAUGUGUUUAGUUGUCAAAGACAGCUUUAUAUAUCAAAAAAGAUUAUGAGCAGCACUUCUUUAGACAGAAAUUAAUAUGAUCAGCAUCUUAGCUAAUUAAUUUGUCUGUAAGCUGUUUUUUUAACUGUUGAAAGAACUAAAGACUGAUACUGCAAAUUUAUUAUAUAGGUGUAUCAUCCCUUGUUUUUUAA